UUGUUUUUAUAAAUAAAGUUAUUAACUUAACGGCCUACAUUUUGUGACGUCACGUCCUCCCUAGGAUCAAAACAAAUAGCGCUAGCUAAACAGCUGGCUACAAAGUCAUGGCUGAACACGGUGGCGUAAAAGGAUAUAAUAAGGUCCUCGACUGUGCAGACUUUUGAGCGAACCACACACAGAUUGAACGCUUCCUGUGGAGAUCAACGAUGCCUUAUGUCUGACAAUGGGAGGAAGUGGAUCCAAAGCUAAAGGUGUCUGGCCUUUCUCAGGCAAUGCAAGUGAUUCUGGGAGUGAAGGGAAUGAGCAGUCUCUGGCCCGCUUGAAAGGUUCCAGGAAUGCAACACCAUAUGUUUUCACAAGGAGGAGUUCUUUGUACUACGAUGAGGAUGGCGAUCUAGCUCAUGAGUUCUACGAGGAGACGGUGGUGACAAAAAAUGGCAGAAAAAGAUCCAAGUUGAAGAGAAUACAGAAGAACCUGAUUCCACAGGGAAUUGUGAAGCUGGACCAUCCUUGUAUUCAUGUGGAUUUCCCCAUUGUCCUCUGUGAGGUGUAAGGAAUUGUACAGGACUGAAGUGAGAUGAUGUGCAGGUAUUUGUCAGAAUAAACACCACAUUUAAAAAUAUGUUUUUGUGUUCAGACCGAAAAUGUGGCCCCAGAUACAAAAGGGAACAUCAAGCUGUCGUGUGAAAAAACGACUGAAAUUGUCCACAUUUCACAACAAAUGUUGUCAAAAAGUUACAAUAAAUAAAGUGAUGAAUCCCAUAUUUUAAUGAUAUUUUAUGUAAGCAGUUUUGAAAAGUACUUUGUGUCGGGGAAAAAAAUAUCAUUGUUGUCAAAAAGCCUAAAUUGUUGAAUUGACAGUUUAAUUUUUAAAUGUAGAUGAUUUACUCAGCGGACUGUGAAGGGGAGAGGGGUUGUGGAUGUUAUCGUACGUAUCUGUUCUGUAUUAUCAUCUCUGAGUCUGUCUCUGGUUGGAGUUCAGACCUGCACUAGUGAAUAUAAUAUAGUGUAAAUACAGAUUUCUUAGUUGGAAAUACUUGAAUAAAUGAUUUGCUUAAAUGAAA